UAUUUAAAAUUUAAAAUAAAUAUUUUCAUUAUUUAAUACUUAACAAAUAUCACAAGUAGUAUCCGUGUACACUGGUAUAAGUGUCCCAAUAAAGAAGAAAUUGAAAGUUAGACCGGACAUUUAGGGAAGGAACUACAGUAGUCAGACCUUUCAAACUCCGAUAAGUACACUUGCGAGAACACCACACCUCUAAGCUAAAAUGAGUGACAAGAUGAAGAUAGCUGACCACGGAAAAUUUUCUAAAAACGGGCGCGAUACUUCUCCACGGUUGGUAGAAUCAGCAUGGGACUGGAGAGUCAGCCAUGAUGAUCGGAUAUUAAAUUUACUUGAGACUGGAUUUCAAAGCGAUUUAACCCUUCACCUAGGAGCGGAAGGAGUGAAGGUACCAGUCCACAGAAUAUUUUUCCAGGCCAGUUCUCCUGUGCUGAAUGGCAAGCUCAAGGCUUCAGUAGAGGACCUGGUCAUUGCGAAUGUGGACAGCCGUAUCUUCAAAAUAUUGCUGAAGUAUUUGUACACGGGGACAUCUGACGUGGGGAUGGGCGAUGCUCUACAAUUAAUGCAACUGGCGACGGAAUUUGAGAUCAAUGGGUUGAGGGACGAUUGCGCUACAGUGCUGAAGGGGGACCUGACAUGUGAAAAUGUGCUUGGGCUGUUCGAAAGUGGGAUGGAAUAUGCUCACGGGGAUUUUAUCCAGUCCACACUUAAAUUCAUUUGCACGAAUGCGCGGCAAAUUUUGAAACGUGAUGAAUUUGCUAAAUUGCGACUGGAGUGCCUGAUUGAAAUUAUUCAGCAGGAUUCACUGAUUGUUAUGAAUGAGAUGGAAGUUUUUGAGGCUGUCAAUAGGUGGGGCCUAGCCGAAUGUGCACGACUAUCAUUGGAUCCUGAUAACACUGAAAAUUUAGGCAAAUGUUUGGCGAAACCAUUGAAUUACAUUCGAUUCCCGUUAAUGAAUCCGGAAGAAUUUGCUUUGAAUGUGACGUCAAAGAAACUUCUCAACACGGACGAGUCGAUGGAACUGCUGACCUGUUUCCUUGUUUCGCCGGAGCGGAGAAAAAUGCUUCCACAAGGACGAUUUGUCUCGCGUCCGCGCACCUACGUUUGUAAGCGUGUCUCUCUCAAAAGAAGCAUUACAGGUGGUCAUAGAAUUCAUAUCACUGGUGGAAAUGCUGGCGAAGCAAUCAUGGUUCGUGUUACAGCAAAUUCUGUACUGAAGUCUAUUUCAAUAUUCAAGGACAACUUUGACGUUUAUGGUGCCAACUAUGUUUACUAUUAUGACCAGAUUCUGGCUACUAUUACAAUGUCUCACGGAAUUCUAAAUGAGCAAAAAUUUACCGGACAAGCACGCAUUAGGCAGGACAAUGAAUACUUUCGAAUUGAUGUAGACCCCCCUGUCCAGCUUAAUGUGGAUGAUGGUUGGGUUAAGAUCACGAUUUCAUUUUCCGGGCAAAUCAGAUAUCACUUUAUUAACCACCCCUCGUAUAGCAACGCAAAUGCGACAAUUAUUAACUUAAGUUGCAUGAUGGUAGGAAAUUAUGAAGAUUUGUUUUCGUCAAGUGUGGUAGACAGUAUGGGUAUUGUGGAUAUUAAGAGACCUGAGGGGGAUAACCUUUCAGUAAAGUCUGGCUUGAUUGAAAAUUUGGAAUUUGAACUAGCUUAAUCCAUUCGGUAUAGCGUUUUUUAGAUUAUGUUGGGUGUGUUGUAGAAUUAAGAUAGAAGUAAAUAUUUUUAAACUAGGAUUUUUUUGGUGCCCGUGACACCAGGGCAGUUUUUAAUAUGAAAUUUAAUACGAUAAAUCAAAUAAUUUAAAACAAAUUUAUCAAUUUGUGUGUAAACAACGAAACCGAAAACUUUAUUAUCAAGACAAAUUUUAAGGAGCAAGAUUCAUAUACAUACUUAUUUUUUUAAGAAUACAAACACAGCAGGCAUUAUCGACAUUAUGGACGACGUCAACGUCGCAGGCCACAUGCAACCAUACUGAACUCAGUUACUGAGUUCAGUAAUGCAUUGUGAGAUUGGCUGAUAAUAAUAUAUUGAAGGGAUGCAUUACAGAAGGACAAACAGACAGACAGGCAUUAUUGGGUAAAUAUAUAAGUUAAUGAAUUAUUUAUUAAACAUUUUAAAUAUUUAUUAAAUACAGUAUAUACUUAUACAUUUAUUAAAUAUUUAUAAAUAUUUAAAUAUAUAAUCUUGCACGUUAAUUAUAAAAAAGAUCCAAAUGGUCUUUAUGGAUACUAUUAAGUGUAUUUUUACAGAUAUAGUUAACAUAAUAUACAAAGGAAUAACUAUGAAUUUAUAAGUAUUUACAUAUCUAGUGUUGAGUUUAAGAGAAAUAUUUAUACUAAAAUUGUAAUAAAAAAGGGUACUUUAAUUGCUAUGGUAGGUGGGCCACGGGCCAUUGAUUUCCUAUUAAAUUUCUGGGCCACGCUAAAAUGCAGGACUUUCAAUAGUUUCGAAUUUUAAUCCAUGGAGAUUUUUUGCGUUUAAAAAAAGUCAUCACUUAUGGCAUGGGAAUUAAAAUUAGAGACAAUUUUUACGCCCCUCUCCGUAAGAAUAUUAGCGCAGGGGCGUAAAAAUUCUCUAUAACUUAAAUGCCCAUACCAUAAUAUAUUUAUGUGUCGAGUAAUUCUGGACAAACUUUCAAUUUCGUAUACACAUAUUUCUGCAAGUUAUAUAUGUAUCUUACGUAUGUAUGAAUGAAAUGCAUAGAGCGAGCCAGGCGAGAUACAUAAACUAUCUCGAUCAGAGUUUCGCAAUUCUCACUUAUUGAGUAUAUUUCCCAUCAGACUGGGAAAUUGGAAACAAAUGGAAAGUUGGGAUUGCUGUUUCGGGAAUACUUGGAACAACUUUUUUGAAAGCUGAUAUUUAGAAAACCUAUCUCAUAAAUUUAUCUUACUCUUCAUGAGAUUCUGAGAAAUAUAUGGGUAACACGAUUCAAAUCCAUUACUCUUUAAAAUUAUCUAUGUAUGUAUUAAUAUGCAAGCCUCCACUAUGGAAAUGGUGAGCCCCAGCGGUAUACCUAAGCAAAUAACGCAGGAGUAUAUGGUCUAUUAAUUGCAAACUAUCAUUCCAACACUAGGCACUAUGUAAAAAUGUUUUAUCGUCUUAACCUAUUUUAGAAUACGUUAUGUCCAGGAUGAGUACAUAGAUAUAAGGGUUUGUUGAAACAAAUGCAACUAAUACAUCCUUUGUGCAAUCACUUAUUUAAUAAGUAUCAAAAAUUGUUAAACCAUAAAAGUGUUUGUAAGUACAAUUCAGUAAUUUUGUCCCAUCUAUUGUAGUUGAACAAUGUAUCCCAGUAAGUAAUGCUUAACCAAUUUACUGAAUUUAACAAAAGAUAGCUCCCGGUCCCGGAAGACACUAAUUGGCAUACACAAUAAAGUUUUCUAAACUGUUGCGUUAUUAUUCGCUAUUAAAGUAUUUUUAUUACUGUACAGCAUACUAUGUAGCAGAUUCUGUCUGAAUUAUAGUGUUUUGUCAACAUAUU